ACAACUGUUGAAGAGGUGGUGGCGAGCGGCGGAGAAUCCACCACGAACACGGAACACUCGUCCGCGACCAGUUCCGAGAUCGGGGAAGAGGAAGGGGAACAGUCCGAAGACCUAAACGGGGAGGAAAGCGACACUCCGAGCGGGCGACGUCUUCGGCGGCACCGAGGCCGGCCACGAGGCAGCGCCGCGCAGGACAUCAGCAAACAGAAGAAGCAGCAGCUGCUGAAGACGCUACAGGACGCUCUGGAGACGAUGAACUCGGAGCAGGAGGAGGACCGGGAGGACGAGGAAGCGACCGAGAAAAGCAGCGACAGCGGAUCGGCCACGAAUGACGUCACAGCGAGCAACAUGCACGACUACAUCAGGACAGCCAAACCGCCGAAACCCAAGGCGAAAACUGUUAAAGAAAUGCUCCAGGAGAGGAGAGAGGAAGACAAUAAAGGACUGGCCAGCUUUGCUAUAGCUACAGUCGCCCCGCAAGCCAUCACUAUAGCAACAGAUGUGAUUGACAAGUCGACCCAAGGGGAGGAGCCAGGCGCUGCAGAAGCAGAGGAUGAUGGGAAGGGUAAAGAGGGGGAGGAGGUGGAGGAAAUGGCGGUUCAGGAGGAAGUCAUGGCGGAUGAAAAUGAGGAUGAGGUUUUCAAUGAAGAGGAUUCAAACCAGGAACCACUGGAGAAGAAAGAGAAAGUAGAAGAAGAUGGCCAGUCAUCUGCCUCAGCAGUCAACCUACGGAAGAAGAAGAACAAGCGACCGAUAGGUUUCACUUACAAGAAGAGGAAAAAGCCUAAAAGAAAAAUUAACGGUAGUAGCUCCGAUUUGAGUGACGCAUCUGGUCAUCCAAGUUCCUCCAAUGCCUCCACACCCAGCAGAUCAGGAAAUGGAAAAGAAAAUGGACAGAAUCAGCAAACCAUCUGGGACAUGGCAGACAUCCCUCAUUGGUUACGACCGGCCCCAAAUCGAACUGCAAAAGUCUCAGCACAGCAAGAGAUCGACAAGCAGUUUGACAUGCAGUUUGUGAAUCGCUCAGAACCCCCCCUGUGCAGCUGUAAAAUGGAACCUCCCAGGCAUAUGGACCUGAAGAAGAACCCAGGGAUAUACUGUAUGGCUAUAGAAAGCUGUGAUGGAAAGUUGUUUGGGUGCAGGAAUCUGAUCAGUAAAGCCCAGAUGGUUCGACCCUCGAGUAGAGUCCCCUUCAUGGGCGUGUGUGAACAACACAGGGCACGGAUGCAGAAGCACCAGUGCUGCCCAGGAUGUGGACAGUUCUGCACAAUGGGUUCCUUCCUGCAAUGUUCGCUGGGUGAAAACAUUCACCACAACUUCCACAAGGACUGUGCGACGAAGAUCGGCCAUGACACGUACUGUCCCCACUGUGGGGAGGACGCCACCAAGGCCAAACCUAUGUUCGUGGCUCCUCCUAAACAGCAGCCGGCCGCUCUGAAGGAAGGAGCAGAGUCGCCCAAAGCUGACCCCCCGCCAAAAAGUACCCCAAGUGCCCGUAUGACCGUUAUGGAGGGAGUACAGGAGGAAGAAGAGGACCUCACGCUGCCUUUCCACAGUGUCACCCUCAAAAAUGGAGCUGUGGUAUCCUCAGCUGAACUUCCCAUGGGUCCUGGUAGGGAGCUGUUGGAACAGGCACUCAUGUCUUUUGAAGGAGACAGGCCCAAAAAGUUGAGGUUCUUCCCCAAAAACCUUUACCUGUCCGCCAAGCAAGGAGAGCUACAGAAGGUUUUAUUCAUGCUAGCUGAUGGUUUUGAUCCAAACUACAAGUUUGAGUCCAACAACAAAGCCACGGCCAUGCACGCUGCUGCAGAGAAGGGCUUCACUGAGAUCGUUCACAUUCUCAUCCAGGCUGGGGGAAACAUCGAUGCCACGUGUGAAGAGAUGAAGACACCACUGCUGCUGGCUGCCUACAACAACCAGCUGCCUGUUGUACAGUACUUCAUCAAGGCUGGAGCCAACAUCAACCAGAAGGACAUGGAGGGUCUGACCUGCCUGCACCUGGCAGCCAAGGCAGGCAACCUGGACAUCUGUAAAUACCUCCUAUCUACAGGCAGCAUCGAUGUCAACGUACAGGAUGAAGGAGGGUGGAACCCCAUGAUCUGGGCAGCCGAACACAAACAUCUGGACAUUGUCAAGCUACUGUUGAGCCGAGGAGCUGAUCAGAACCUCAGGGACAAUGAGGAAAACAUUUGCCUCCACUGGGCCGCCUUCUCAGGUUCGGUGGAUGUCGCUGAGGUCUUCCUCAAUGCCAAGUGUGACAUCAACAGUAUCAACAUUCACGGGGACACGCCCCUGCACAUCGCGGCUCGUGAGAACCAUUACGAGUGCGUGGUGCUGAUUUUGUCCCGCGGGGCCGACGUGGAGAUACGCAACAAGGAGAACGAAACGCCCAUCGACUGUGCAGAGGUAAACUCUCAGGUGUGGAUGGCUCUGCAGAUGAACAAGAAGCUGAAGGCUGUCGCUGCCGCCCGGGCCGUCCGCACAGAGAAAAUCCUCCACAGCUUGUUGUCUGUUCGAUCCAGGGACAUCUCAAAGGGUCGCGAGAACGUUCCCAUCCCGUGUGUGAACGCCGUGGACGAUGAUCAUUUCCCCGCCGACUUCAUGUACAUCACGGAGAGCUGUGAAACUUCCACCCUCAGUAUAGACAGGAACAUCAUCCACCUACAAGGUUGUCAUUGUGAGGAUGACUGUUCCUCUAACAACUGUGUCUGUGGGCAGAGCAGCAUCAAGUGUUGGUACGACCAGGACGGAUGUUUGCUGGAGGAGUUUAACAAGAUUGAGCCUCCGCUGAUCUUCGAGUGUAACCGGACCUGUAACUGCUGGAUGAACUGUAGGAACAGGGUUGUCCAAGCUGGACUCAGGUUGAGGCUACAGUUGUUCAGGACCAAAGGCAUGGGUUGGGGCGUGCGGACACUACAGGACAUCCCCCGGGGAACCUUCGUCUGCGAGUAUAUAGGUGAGAUCAUCAGUGAUGCAGAGGCAGACCAGAGAGAAGAUGAUUCCUACCUUUUCGACCUGGACAACAAGGAAGGUGAGGUGUACUGCCUCGACGCUCGUUUUUACGGUAACAUAGCCCGCUUCAUCAACCACCUUUGCGAACCGAACCUGAUCCCUGUCCGCGUGUUCGUGGACCACCAGGACCUCCGCUUCCCCAGGAUAGCCUUCUUCACCGCCAAGGACGUCAAAGCAGAGGAGGAGCUAGGGUUUGACUAUGGUGACAAGUUCUGGGAUAUCAAGUCUAAAUACUUCUCCUGUCACUGCGCCGCUGAGAAGUGCAAACAUCGCCGGUCUGACCGCGGCUGCCAGGCACAGGGCGACUCUAACGGGGACGUCUUAGAUGUGGAGAAUUGACGACUAUUGUCAUAGUUUUCUAUAGUUUUAGGUUACUUAUUAAUGUAGGCCUAGGAAAAAAAUGUUGUGUUUUCUGUUUCCCGACCAACCCUAGAAGAAACUGCACACCCUAGCCAACUUUUUUGUGUGUGGACCCCUGCAAGGGACUUACAUUUUUGCAAGCUGAUUGACCUUUUCUAGCUCUAUGAUCUGACACCUGAGUGA